GACCCCGAAAAAUGAGCGAGUUGGGCGAGAACGGGGCGGUCCUCUCGCUAGACGAGACGGACGGAGCACAGCUGCCGGACCUGAAGGACGUGGCAGAGAUAGCGCGGACCCAGUUCGCAGACAUGCUGGCCAGCGAGGAGGGCAAGAAGGACCUGGUAAUCCAGGGAGAGCUCAUGACGCUCCUGGAGCACGUGACCCCCAUCAACUUCCUCAAAAAGCUGGAAGUGGAGCACAUCUACCGUAUAGAGCCAGUAAUGGACCAAGGGGGCACUAAGAGGUUCUACGUCACUCGUCCCGACAUGCUGGCAGUCAGCCAGAUCGCAGACCACAUCCAAUCGGACAGCAGAGCCCGCCGUAAUCGCGAGUACGUCGUCAUCUUUGUCCCUAGACGGCUGGCCUCCUGCGAGUACAUCCUCGAGAGGGAAGGCGUCCACGGUCUCAUCCGAUACAUGGAGCUAAAGCUCCACCUCAUCCCGCUGGACGAACACAUCCUAUCUCUGGAGAGGAACAAGUCUCUGUUCACGCUCCACAUCGACGGUGACAUGAGCAUGCUGCACUCAGUGGCCGAGUCGAUUCUCCUGCUGGAGAGACAUCAUGGGACCAUUCCCGUGGUCCACGGUAAGGGUCACCUGGCCUCCAUGGUCUGGAGUCUCUACAGCAGACUGAAGGAUGCACACCAGGUCGGGACGCUGCACCACGAGGGUGGCUCCCAGAUCACAGAGCUUGUCCUGUUUGAUCGCUCGUGUGACUACGUCACUCCGCUCUGCUCGCAGCUCACCUACGAGGGGAUCCUGGACGACACGUUUGGGAUCAAGAGUGGCUUUGUCGAAGUUGGGGAGGAGAUCAUGGGAAAGAACGUGAAGGUCCUGCUCAACGCCCGGGACCCCGUGUACAAGAUUAUUCGCUCGAUGCAUUUCUCCUCCGUCCCCUCGGUGCUCUGCAGCAUAUCGAAAGAGUUAAAGUCGGACUAUUCCGAGUGGAAACCCUCGCAGACGAUCCCGGAGCUCAAGAAUUUCGUCCAGAAGCUUCCAGAGCUGCGACGGAAACACGAUUCGCUGGAGACCCACCUGAAAGUGAGCGAGCAGAUCAUCGUGAGGAAGAGGGAGGCCGAGUACGAACGGCAGCUGUAUUAUGAGCGGGCCAUCCUGGAGGCGGUGGACAAAUGCCCCAUUGCAGAGUACGUGGAGGAGUGCAUCCACAGACAAGUCAACUUCCACAUCCCUCUCCGUCUCCUGUGCCUCAUGUCCACCACCAACGGAGGGAUCAAGAACAAGUACUGGAAGAUCCUGAAAGACCAGUUUCUGCAGAGCUACGGCUACAAGUUCCUCGACACUCUGCACAACCUGGAGAAAGCUGGGGUUGUUGUGGAGAAGCCCGAGGACUCCUCCGCACCCUCCUCCUUCAAGCUCCUCUCCAAGAACCUCAAGCUGGUGCCCAAGGAGCCCGAGACGGCAAAUCUUCACAACCCGUCAAAGAUGUCGUACGUUUUCGGAGGGGCUUUCAAGCCAUUGAGCGUAGCGGCGAUCGAGUUUGUGACUCGCGUGGGAAGCUGGAACGGGUUGGACGAUGUUGUGGCAAACUGGAGUGGCCCGGCGUUCACACAUAAGCAGGGGACCAGUCAACGGAAGGCUACACAGACAGCCUCUCGGGCCCAUCGCGUCGUCCUCGUGUACUUCCUUGGCGGGUGCACCUUCUCAGAGAUCAAUGCGCUCCGUUUUCUGGGAGAGAAGACAGGAAUUCACUACAUAGUGGCCACCACCAACCUACUCAAUGCCAAUACUCUUCUGGACUCCUUUAUCAGCUAGGAAUGUCGUAUCUUGGGAAUCUUCUUUUUAUCUCAGGAAAGUUGAACAGCUGCCGUUUUAUCCCCGACAUGGUCAUUACUCUAGCAUUGUGUGCCAAUUUUGUAAAUUGUUUAUCCUGGCCGGCAGCAGAUUUUGUUACUACUAAGUACUACCGGACUCCGUGACUAUUAUACGUGGGUGAAUGGAGGCGUGGCUAGCUGACCUGCAGCAUAAAAACGCGAUCGGGACUUGGCUUGCGAGUGUUCGGCCGGCGUGCAAAGAUGAGGAGUUUCGUUUCGGUUCUCUUUUUGUUUGCAGCGUACAUUUUGCUGGUUACAGCCAGACACAGAAAACACGUUCCUCAGCGGCCCAAUAUUUUGUUCCUGCUGGCGGACGACCUCGGCUGGGGAGACGUCGAAUACAACGGAGGCCGGGCGGACACCCCGCACCUGAAUGCAUUGGCCCACGGAGCCAACAGUAUCCAGUUCACGAGGUUCUACAGUGGUGCUCCGGUCUGCUCUCCGACCAGAGGAACCGUGCUGACUGGCAGGAACCACAACCGUUACUGCAUAUGGAAAGCCAACACCCACAGCAAGGACUGCAACUGGACGAAAGAUUUCCAGUGCCCUGCAAAGAUGCCUCUCCCUCCGUCGGAGGUAACAGUUGCAGAGGUGUUGCAGACUGCAGGUUAUCGCACUGGUGUAUUUGGAAAGUGGCACCUUGGAGACCUCAAACACGUCGAGAACGGCCACUCUCGCUGGUCCCCUUCCCACCCAGGCAUGCACGGAUUCGACGUCUGGAAAGUCACAGAGCGAGCUGUCCCAACUGUAAACCCCAACUGUGCCUGCUUCGACCCUGAGACCUGCAGGAUCGGUCGCUACAGGAAAUCUGCGCUCCCGGCAUGCUCAAACUACUACAGCAAUAAUGUCAGUUCUCUUCCAACACCAUGUCCGCCUCACACAAACAGCCGAACUGUCCCUAGCCCUCCCUGCCCCAUAGUACCUCACCCAAACGCUAUCCUAGGAGACGACUCGCAUUUCAUUGUCCGCGAACUAAAGUCUUUCAUCAACGACAGCAUCGCUAGUUCACACCCUUUCUUUGCAUAUGUGCCUUUUCAUGCGCCCCACAAUCGCUACAUAGCUGAUACAGCAUAUGCAAUGAAGUAUGCAGAGAAAGGCUUGAAAGGAAAAGAGAGAGACUAUUACGGUUCAAUUGAAGCCCUCGAUGACUCGGUCGGGGAAAUCCUCGCCCAUCUGGACGCUGUUGGCAUCAGAGAUACCACGAUGGUCUGGUUCACCAGCGACAACGGUCCCGCUGCCGGGAGUCCCGGUAGCACCAACGGUCUGGAGGGAGAGAAAGGUACCCUGUACGAAGGAGGGAUCAGGGUCCCAGGGAUCCUCCAGUGGCCUGCCAUCAUCGAAGAGAACAUGGUAUCGGAUUACCAAGUCAGCACCAAUGACUUCCUCCCUACUAUCGUGGAUAUCACCAACACACGGUUGCCAGAUUCCCGCAUACUGGAUGGCUCUUCAAUACUACCCUUUCUUCUCGGGGUUAGAACAGAGCGAUUGUCGGCCAUGCACUGGGCAUUCAAGAUAAACGGCGACUUCUCCAGAAAAUACACUGCAGUCUCGAUCGAGGGAGACUUAAAGCUGCAUGCAACUUCAAGAACAGUGCGAUCACAAGAAGCAGUCUGUACAACAUUACUCAGGACGAAGUGACAGACAUCUCAGACCUUCACCCUCGGGAACACAAGAAGAUGAUGCGAGCCCUAUCUGCCUGGACUAGAACACUAGCCACCAGUGCCACCGAGGAAGUGGGCUGUCUUCUGUCAGAGAACCAAUGACAGUGAAGAGCAGCAAUCCUGACUGUGUGUAUAUACUGCCGUCCUCCUAUCAUACCAUUUCAUCCAGCACUUCUCAUACCAGCACUUCUCCUGUCUUCCUGUGUGUUACUCACUCUUGCACGCGAAUAUUUUUCUAUGUAAAACACUGGCAUAUUCAUCAGGUCUCUCAACUACAAAAGAACAAAGGCCGUGUCUAUUGUUAAGAAAGUCAACUAAUCAAAUUAGAUUGUCCCUGAUAUGGUAAUGGCAUCCUCUGAUUGCA